CUUUCUCUCUCUCCCUCUCUCUUUCACAGCCUGUCCAUCUUGAAUUAUUAACACACCCAUGAUUCAUCCUAAAAGCAUUGUCGUUUUCUCAAACAAAUCUCAUCCUUCUGCCCCUUUUUCUUUGGAGAUAUAUUUGGUCAAAUCGACACUGGGGUUUCCUUGCCGAUAGGCUCUUCUAUAGGUUUUUUCUGGCCACUGAAAUCUCCCGUUCUUUUUAAAGUUUAAAGGCAAUUGUGUGGUGGACUGGUGGCGUUCGAAUUCAUUUACCAGGCAUGGGAUCAAAACUAGAGCAUGCCCAUAUUUCUACUAGCAACAAACUCAUAUUUCUCGGCAUUGGAUGAUCGCUUCAUGGAAUAACAGGUAUCGUUAUCAUCACAGAGUCACCCAACUAGCCUUGUGUACGUAUCAUUCAUUAGCUUUGGAUUCAAAAAAUAAGAUGCUCGAAAACCACCAUCUAGAAUUCAUAAAACAGACAAUGUUGAAGCAUGAAGAUACUUUUAGACAUCAGGUACGGGAGCUUCAUCGAUUAUAUAACGUUCAAAAGAGUCUGAUGGGAACCUUGAGAAACGAUAUUAGAAGAAAUACUGAAUGCCAACGGGCUACUUUGGAUAUUAACAGUCUUGAUAAAAGAGUAGGGUUUGAUCUUUCAAGAUCUGCCAUGGAAGAUACGUCAUGUGGAGAUAGUAGUGGUAUUCACGAUGAUAAAACAGGGCCUAACGAUGUAGAACUGACGUUAAGUAUCGGGCCUAGCGCUAGUAAGAGAUUAUCAGAAAACAGGCUGCAUCAAACCGGAGGCAGUGACUCUAAGACCAAGAUGAAAACGAAUGUAUUGAAUUCAAGUACAUUGUACAAUGAAGAUAAAAAGAGACCACAUUGGCUUUUUCAAGAUCUAAGUUUAAAUCGAACAUAGCGGAAUAUUUCUAAUUACAGUAAUUAGUUUUUUUUAAUUUUGGGUUAUAGAUGUAUGUUUUGUAGUUAUUUACAUGUCAUGGUCAAUGAUACAAGAAUAGCCAAUCUAAGUUGACUCAUAUUUCUUUGUCCUUAUUUCGAGGAAUGGUAAUUACUUUUCUUUACAA